AAAGAUCCCUGGUCGACUUCGUUCAUGGUCGCUUUUUUUUAGACGCACAUAAAUUUGAAGUUGCAGCAAGAUAUCUUUUGCUCCAAAGCAUCGUUUCAUUUGAAGAGGUGGCUCUCUUAUUUCUUCAGUCCGGCAAGACUAACGCUCUUGCGACGUUAUUAGCUGCGAAGAUGGGCAUACUAAGUUAUCAUGAUAAAACGCAAGCUACAAUCACAAGCACUUGGUCAGUCGAGAUUCUCCUAUGCCAGAUGAUGACAGCAAAUAGCGAGGUAUGCUUGACUGAUUCAGAUUUGAAUCAUAUCUUUGGUAAUCAACAAGCAGCAUUACAUGAUGAGGUAACUUGCAAUCUGCUCACAAGUCACGGCAGUGAAUCAUCAUAUUUCAAUAAAACUCACGAGCAAGCGGUUAAUUAUUUUUUGUGUGAAAAGAGAUGGUCUGAAUUGUUGAGUGUCCUUGAUGCGGUUUCAGUUGCUAGGGCUGAUUCCAUGCUUUAUAAUACCUCACUCCAGCUACUACAAAAUGCAUCAGUUCCAACAAUUGUGAUGUGGACUCACAAGCCUCUAAACUCAGUUCAGCUUCGACACGGCCAAUUCGAUUCAACCGUUGCCGCUCGCUGUUGUGAAUACUUACAAGGAUGCAUGACAUACUCAUCGAUCGAGGCAGCAGUGGAGACAUAUUUUCUAAUACUUACUGCUGAUAUUGAUUCUGCCACACGCCUAUUUACACUCAGCUAUGAACUUUUUCAACUGCAAUCCACUCUCCGAAUUUGUUCAAACAGGCGCUGUGUGCGUUCCUGUGCAUGGAUAUAUGCGAGUCUUGCGUUGUACGAAGAAGCUGUCACACUCGCAUUGACAAUUGAUGUCCAGCUUGCAAAGGAGUAUGCGAAUCUGCCUGCUGUCGAAACCGUCAUGAAAAGGCGUCUGUGGCUAAUGAUAGCGGAACACAUUACUUAUGAUCGUUCGUACGCAAUCGUGGAGUCUGCUCAGAUUCUCGAAGAUUGCCAAAUGCUAUCAAUCGAAGACAUCCUCCGAUUCUUCCCUGACUUUGUUGUUAUUGAAGCCUUCAAAACAGAAAUAUGCUCGUCGCUCGAACAGUAUAACAAAAGCUUGGAUACGUUACGAGCUGAAAUAAAUGACUACAAGCAUAAUAGCAUCAACAUCCAAAAUGAGUCUCUGACCUUGUACACACAAGACAUCUGUCUUGCUUCGAAUGCACGAUGUUCAUUAUCUGGAUGUCCAGUUGUUUCUGAGCCUUUUUUUUAUUUCUCGAGUGGGCAUUCUUUUUUAGAAAGGAACCUGACGAAAGCAAAGCGGAAGGAGUUAUCUGUCACGCCUCACACAAACACAAUAGAGAACGGCAAAGCUCAGCGACAAGGCUUACCUAUUGCUGCAGAGUGUCCUCUGACGGGGAGCACGAUCAUCGACUCAGUCGAUAUUCCGCUUUACUUCAUUUCGUUGCCAGAGUAGGCCCUGAUCGCAUGUAAGUCAGGACUGGGAUGUGGACGCUGGCGUGAUACUUCUUCCAGAUAGUUUCAAGUACUUGGCGAGAUAUUUUUCCGAUCAAACCUACGUUACUUUGAUACUUCGUAGCCUUCCUGCCCAUGUCACUGGAAAAUUGUCGAUUUUGGGCACCUCGACCGCGGAACCCCUGCUUGUCUCAUCGCGGUCAUCGAUUGGCAGAACUUAUGGCCGAAAAUGUCGGUUUUUGGAGAUUUCAAGCGAGCGCGAGCGCCAUGUACGUCGAACGCGGGAAAUACGACGCUUUCUAGUUUGGGGCCCGCCCGGGGCCCCGGCGCCUGAGUAAAGCCCCCAGCCGCAGCGCCAGCCGCCGGCCCAUUAUUGCCGGGGGCGUCGUGUGUUAGAAUCCGAGUAUGCUAGUAUGAAGCACCAGCAUAGUAUAGCAUGAGCAUGGCCAGUAUAAGGCAGACUUAGCAU